GAAACCUUAUGAAAAUUUAUAUUUAUAUUGUGAUGGAAUUAAGAAAAUACAUGGUACAAGUGAUUAUGAUCGAUAUCCUUAUGGUCAAUGUUAA